UGUACGGGACUCGUUGAGAUGUCGUGGCUGCUCGUACUACGGACUUACGAUUGAAGAGAGUUAGGUGAGCGAACGAUUUUUAACGCGUUUGCGAGUACGAGAGGAAGAGGAUAAUAUAACGGGAGGAUGGCGGACGGAAAGGUAACGUCGGUGAGUGACGUCGUCACGAUGCGCAUGUUGCUACUGAUAAGAUUGACGUUAGUGACAGCAGGCGUGCUGCUGGCGAAUUCAAGCGCGAGUCCAAACACGAAGGUACACCUACAGAUCAAUUCAAAGACAGGGAAACACAUCGGCAUCCAGGAUCGCGAACAAGUGAUCGCUGGUAUGGAGGCCAGCCUCCUUUCCCUUUUAGGUUUCUCUAAAAGGCCUAAACCCCAGGGUCCGGUUUACGUGCCGGAAUCUCUGCGAAAGCUUUACGUCCGGCAAAAUUCCAUUGGCGUGGCGGACAUCGCAAAACCAGGCAUUCACACGAGAUCGGCGAACACAGUUCGUUCCUUCUUCCACGUCGAGAGUGAACUCGACGAGAAGUUUCGCCUACCGAAUCGAUUUCGGCUCUCGUUUGACCUGAGGAGAAUACCAUUGGGUGAGAAGUUGCAAGCGGCUGAGCUGAGUCUCUCACGUAUUGCGAUAACCGAGGAGGAUGACUCGAACGGGCCAAGACAUGGAAGAGUACUUGUUUACGAUAUCGUCCGUCCAGGCAUAAAGGGACGAAGUAUGCCGAUACUAAGAUUGGUCGAUAGCAAGGUGAUAGAUCUGAGGAAAAACGCCACGGUCAAUUUGGAUGUCCAUCCGGCGGUAGAAAGGUGGAUGAAGAAUCACAAAAGCAAUUACGGUCUUCUCGUUCAUGUGAUGACUGGCUCGAAGAAGUUAGAGAAGCAACAUGUUAGACUGAAACGUAGUAUCGACGAACAGAACGAGACAUGGGUGAUCAAUCGUCCAAUGUUGUUCACUUACAUGGACGACGGUAGAUACAAAAUGACGUCUGGCAAGCAGAUCUUGGAUAGACGUGCCAGACGGGCAGCUUUAAGAAAGAACAGACGAAAGGAUGGCCGAGAGAAUUGUCGUCGACAUCCGCUCUACGUUGACUUCGCCGACGUCGGUUGGAACGAUUGGAUCGUUGCUCCUCCCGGAUACGACGCCUUCUAUUGCCACGGAGAUUGCCCGUUUCCUUUGGCGGACCAUCUGAACUCGACUAAUCACGCGAUCGUCCAGAACUUGGUCUACUCGACGAAACCGAGCAUGGUUCCGAAAGCAUGUUGUGUGCCUACGGCCUUGAGCUCGAUAAGUAUGCUCUAUCUCGACGAGGAGAACAAGGUUGUCCUGAAGAAUUAUCAGGAUAUGGCGGUCUUGGGUUGUGGGUGUCGUUAGAUCUGCAUAAACUUCAAAAGCCAAUCCAUCGAACUCUCUUUCUUUCUCGAAAGAGAGAGGGAGAGAGAGAGAGAACAAUUGAUCGAUGUUCAGCGAUACAGACGCUCUUCUUUUAAGAUCUUUAAUAUCGUAUUUAAGGAGAAGGCUCACUUCUAACAGUCGUCUGAAAAAGAAUAUAAAGAAUAAAUUGUUAGAAAGAGUGAGAGACUGUCGAGUAUAGAGACUUCGCUCUCCAUAAGGUAUAUUUUUCUAAUUCCAUUCUCUCUAGACGAUAAACGAUUGUGAGAAAGUGUGUGUAUGUGGUAUGCCUGAGUGCGUAGAAUUCUUUCGCGUUUAUCGCGGUUUCGAUGAAUAAAAACAAUAAUUUGCAACAAUUUUUAUUAAAACAAAAAAAAUAUAAAACAAAAAAGCAAAAAAAACAAUCGAAUAAGGAAAACAAUUAUAUAUCGAUUUAAGAUAUAUGAUAUCCCUUGAUUAUCUUUAUGAUCUAUUGGGAAUAUAGAUUCUUCUUGUUCUACGGAUCAUAAGCAAAACUAUAGACUAUAAAAGAACACGCAAGUUAAAGAAGAAAAGUGCAUGUGCCUAUAAGGACUUUUUUUGUUUUUUUGAUUUUCUAACAUAACAUGCCGUCCUAUAUGUCUUAUUUGAUUUCAUUCCAUCUGCUUCUGUCAUAUUGUCAACGAAAGGUAAUGGAAUAUAACGAGCGUGUAUCAUUGUGGAAAGGCAGGAAACGUUGAAAGAGUGACGGCAGAAUGAGUUGAGAAAUGUAUAUCCGAAGGAUAAGUAUUGAUUUUCUUGAUCUUUGCGAAAGAUCCUCUGGAAAAAGACAAUAUUAUUUUUGUUCUCUCAAGCGUUAAUAUAUAUACAAAAAUAAUCCUUUAGUUUGAUAACACAAGUUGAUUCUUUCACAGCGAAUAUGUUAAAAAGCUAGGAAAGCUAUCAACAUAGCAAUCAACGAUAAAUAAUAAUAAUAAUAAUAAUAAUAAUAAUGAUAAUAAAAAUAUUAAUAUUAAUAAUAAUAAUAAUAAUAAUAUUAAUAAUAUUAAUAAUAUUAAUAAUAGUAAUAGUAAUAAUAAUAAUAAUAAAAAUAAAAAAUAAAUAAAUAAUUUUAUAUACACGCAGAGCAAACGAAAUGACAAAUGUGUGCCAUGAUCAUGUGUACAACGUAUAAAAUUCAAAGUAAACUAAUAAUGAGAAUAGAAUAUUCGUCCACAUAGAACUGCGAUACGUGCGCAUAUGCAAUUAUACUUAAGCGAACAAUUAAAGUUUGCUUAAAGCAUAUAAUGUAUAAUUAUGUAGGCACAUAUAGAGAAUUCCUGCCGCCUCAAAUAAAUUGUACCUGCCUACCUAAGGAUUACUAUUUAUUAUUUUUGCCAAAAGAAAAAAAAAAUGAAACACGUGUGUAUAUUUGUACAAAAAGAAAUGUGUUAAUGAUAAGCGUAUUUGUAAAAUGUGUAAAGUAUAAGCAAACGAUAGUAGGCGACGAAAAAGUACAUGUAAACAUUGUAAAUAAUGCAUUUGUAAAGUAUCAUAAACAUGUAUAUUCUAUGAUA